GGGCCUCUGUUACUAGUGAGGGGAAGAUGGCGGCCGCAACUGUGGUGGUUCCCGCAGAGUGGAUAAAGAACUGGGAGAAAUCAGGGAGAGGCGAAUUUUUGCAUUUAUGCCGGAUCCUCAGUGAAAAUAAAAGCCAUGAUAGUUCAACUUACAGAGAUUUCCAGCAAGCUCUCUAUGAGUUAUCUUAUCAUGUCAUUAAGGGAAAUCUAAAGCAUGAACAGGCAUCUAAUGUUCUUAAUGACAUUAGUGAGUUUCGUGAAGAUAUGCCCUCCAUUCUUGCUGAUGUAUUCUGCAUAUUAGAUAUUGAGACAAAUUGUUUAGAGGAAAAAAGCAAGAGAGACUAUUUUACACAGUUGGUAUUAGCAUGUUUGUAUUUAGUUUCAGACACAGUUCUAAAGGAACGCCUGGAUCCAGAAACAUUGGAAUCAUUGGGGCUUAUCAAACAGUCACAGCAAUUCAAUCAAAAAUCCGUUAAAAUCAAGACAAAACUCUUUUAUAAGCAGCAAAAAUUCAAUUUGUUAAGAGAAGAGAAUGAAGGUUAUGCCAAGCUGAUUGCUGAAUUGGGGCAAGAUUUAUCUGGAAAUAUUACUAGUGAUUUAAUUUUAGAAAAUAUCAAAUCUUUAAUAGGAUGCUUUAAUCUGGAUCCCAAUAGAGUUUUGGAUGUCAUUUUAGAAGUGUUUGAAUGCAGGCCAGAACACGAUGACUUCUUUAUAUCUUUAUUAGAAUCUUAUAUGAGUAUGUGUGAACCGCAAACACUGUGUCAUAUUCUUGGGUUCAAAUUCAAGUUUUAUCAGGAACCAAGUGGAGAGACUCCAUCAUCUUUAUACAGAGUUGCAGCAGUACUUCUACAAUUUAAUCUUAUUGAUUUAGAUGAUCUUUAUGUACAUCUUCUUCCAGCUGAUCAUUGCAUUAUGGAUGAACAUAAACGAGAAAUAGUGGAAGCUAAGCAAAUUGUUAGAAAACUUACAAUGGUUGUAUUAUCUUCUGAAAAAAUUGAUGAACGAGAAAAAGAAAAAGAAAAAGAAGAAGAGAAGGUAGAGAAGCCACCAGAUAACCAAAAGCUUGGUUUGUUGGAAGCCUUGUUAAAGAUUGGUGAUUGGCAGCAUGCACAGAACAUUAUGGAUCAGAUGCCUCCAUACUAUGCAACUUCACAUAAGCUAAUAGCCCUUGCUAUUUGCAAGCUCAUUCAUAUAACCAUCGAGCCUCUCUACAGAAGAGUUGGAGUUCCUAAAGGUGCUAAAGGCUCACCUGUUACUGCUUUGCAAAACAAGAAAGCACCAAAACAAGCAGAGAACUUUGAAGAUUUGAGGAGAGACGUUUUCCAUAUGUUCUGUUACCUUGGCCCUCAUCUUUCUCAUGAUCCCAUUUUAUUUGCAAAAGUGGUUCGCAUAGGCAAGUCAUUUAUGAAGGAGUUUCAGUCUGAUGGAAGCAAACAAGAAGAUAAAGAUAAAACGGAAGUUAUCCUUAGCUGUUUGCUUAGCAUAACUGACCAGGUACUACUUCCAUCUCUUUCUUUGAUGGACUGCAAUGCUUGUAUGUCUGAGGAACUAUGGGGAAUGUUUAAAACAUUUCCAUAUCAGCAUAGAUAUCGUCUGUAUGGCCAGUGGAAGAAUGAAACUUAUAACAGUCACCCACUUUUAGUAAAAGUUAAAGCUCAAACAAUAGACAGAGCCAAAUAUAUCAUGAAGCGCCUAACUAAGGAAAAUGUGAAGCCUUCUGGAAGACAAAUUGGGAAAUUGAGCCACAGCAAUCCAACCAUUUUGUUUGAUUAUAUCUUGUCACAAAUACAGAAGUAUGAUAACUUAAUAACACCUGUAGUAGAUUCAUUGAAAUACCUCACUUCAUUGAAUUACGAUGUCUUGGCCUACUGUAUCAUUGAAGCUUUAGCUAAUCCGGAAAAGGAGAGAAUGAAGCAUGAUGAUACAACCAUCUCAAGCUGGCUUCAGAGUCUGGCUAGUUUCUGUGGAGCAGUUUUUCGUAAAUAUCCAAUUGAUCUUGCUGGUCUUCUUCAAUAUGUUGCCAAUCAGCUGAAGGCAGGCAAAAGUUUUGACCUGCUGAUAUUGAAAGAAGUGGUACAAAAAAUGGCAGGAAUAGAAAUUACAGAGGAAAUGACAAUGGAGCAACUAGAAGCUAUGACUGGUGGAGAACAGCUAAAAGCUGAGGGUGGCUAUUUUGGCCAGAUCAGAAACACUAAAAAAUCCUCUCAGAGGCUAAAAGAUGCACUACUGGACCAUGAUCUUGCACUUCCUUUGUGUUUACUUAUGGCUCAACAGAGGAAUGGCGUAAUCUUUCAGGAAGGUGGAGAGAAACAUUUGAAACUUGUGGGAAAGCUUUAUGAUCAGUGUCAUGAUACCCUGGUCCAGUUUGGUGGAUUUUUGGCAUCUAAUCUAAGCACAGAAGAUUAUAUAAAGAGAGUGCCUUCAAUUGAUGUGCUCUGCAAUGAAUUUCAUACACCCCAUGAUGCAGCAUUUUUCCUGUCUAGGCCAAUGUAUGCACACCAUAUUUCAUCAAAAUAUGAUGAACUUAAAAAAUCAGAAAAGGGAAGUAAACAGCAACAUAAAGUUCAUAAGUAUAUCACAUCAUGUGAGAUGGUGAUGGCUCCUGUUCAUGAAGCAGUGGUCUCUCUGCACAUUUCCAAAGUUUGGGAUGACAUCAGCCCUCAAUUUUAUGCCACGUUCUGGUCAUUGACAAUGUAUGACCUUGCAGUUCCACAAACCAGCUAUGAAAGAGAAGUCAAUAAACUGAAAAUCCAGAUGAAAGCAAUUGAUGACAAUCAGGAAAUGCCUCCAAAUAAAAAGAAAAAAGAGAAGGAACGCUGUACUGCCCUUCAGGACAAGCUUCUUGAAGAAGAAAAGAAGCAGAUGGAACAUGUACAGCGAGUUCUACAAAGACUAAAACUGGAAAAGGACAACUGGCUUUUAGCAAAAUCUACCAAAAAUGAGACCAUCACAAAAUUUCUACAGCUGUGUAUAUUUCCUCGAUGUAUAUUUUCAGCAAUUGAUGCUGUUUACUGUGCUCGUUUUGUUGAAUUGGUACAUCAACAGAAAACUCCAAAUUUUUCCACACUUCUCUGCUAUGAUCGAGUUUUCUCUGAUAUAAUUUAUACGGUUGCAAGCUGUACUGAAAAUGAAGCUAGUCGAUAUGGGAGAUUUCUUUGCUGCAUGUUAGAGACUGUUACCAGGUGGCACAGUGAUAGAGGCACAUAUGAAAAGGAAUGUGGAAACUAUCCAGGGUUCCUUACCAUAUUACGGGCAACUGGAUUUGAUGGUGGAAACAAAGCUGAUCAAUUAGACUAUGAAAAUUUUCGACAUGUUGUACAUAAAUGGCAUUAUAAACUAACUAAGGCAUCAGUACAUUGCCUUGAAACAGGCGAAUAUACUCACAUCAGGAAUAUCUUAAUUGUGCUAACAAAAAUACUGCCUUGGUACCCAAAAGUUUUGAACCUGGGUCAAGCUUUGGAAAGAAGAGUGCAUAAAAUCUACCAAGAAGAAAAAGAGAAGAGGCCUGAUCUAUAUGCAUUGGCUAUGGGCUACUCUGGGCAGUUGAAAAGUAGAAAGUCAUACAUGAUACCUGAAAAUGAGUUUCAUCACAAAGACACGCCUCCGAGGAAUGCAGUUGCCAGUGUACAAAAUGGACCUGGUGGUGGGCCUUCUUCAUCGUUGAUAGGAAGUGCAUCCAAAUCGGAUGAAAGCAGUACUGAGGAGACUGAUAAAGCAAGGGAGAGAUCUCAGUGUAGUGUGAAAGCUGUCAACAAAGCUUCUAGUGCCACACCGAAAGGGAAUUCAAACAAUGGAAAUAGUGGCUCUAACAGCAGCAAAACUGUUAAAGAAAAUGACAAAGAAAAAGGAAAAGAAAAAGAAAAAGAGAAAAAAGAAAAGACUCCAGCUACUACUCCAGAGGCCAGGGUACUUGGUAAAGAUGGUAAAGAAAAACCAAAGGAAGAGCGGGUGAAUAAAGAUGAAAAAGCAAGAGAGACCAAGGAAAGAACACCAAAAUCUGACAAAGAAAAAGAAAAGUUCAAGAAGGAAGAAAAAGCUAAAGAUGAAAAAUUUAAGACCACUGUUCCCAAUGUAGAAUCAAAAUCAACUCAAGAAAAAGAAAGGGAGAAGGAGCCAUCCAGAGAAAGAGAUAUAAUAAAGGAAGUGAAAUCCAAGGAAAAUGCUAAAGGAGGAGAAAAACCACCAGUUUCUGGGUCAUUGAAGUCCCCUGUUCCCCGAUCUGAUAUUGCAGAACCUGAACGGGAACAAAAACGCCGCAAAAUUGAUUCUCACCCUUCUCCAUCGCAUUCCUCAACAGUAAAGGACAGUCUCAUCGAACUCAAGGAACCUUCAGCAAAGCUCUACACUAAUCAUACUCCUCCACCACUGUCCAAGAGUAAGGAGAGAGAAAUGGACAAGAAAGAUUUGGACAAGUCACGGGAAAGAUCCCGAGAGAGAGAGAAAAAAGAUGAAAAGGACAGGAAAGAACGGAAAAGGGAUCAUUCAAACAAUGACCGUGAAGUGCCACCGGACUUAACCAAGAGGCGUAAAGAGGAAAAUGGAACAAUGGGAGUUUCAAAACACAAAAGUGAAAGUCCUUGUGAGUCUCCUUAUCCAAAUGAGAAAGACAAGGAAAAAAAUAAGUCAAAAUCUUCAGGCAAAGAAAAAGGUGGUGAUUCAUUUAAAUCUGAAAAGAUGGAUAAAAUCUCCUCUAGUGGCAAAAAGGAGUCCAGGCAUGAUAAAGAAAAGAUAGAAAAGAGAGAAAAACGGGACAGUUCAGGAGGAAAGGAAGAGAAGAAACAUCAUAAGUCCUCAGACAAGCACAGAUAAUGAAGACUUUCCAUCAAGGUGAGAUUGGAAUGAAAUUGUUCAGCUGUGACAGAAAUUUAUUUUCCUGAGUAGAUUGCCAAGCAAUUAUGAAGAGGGCCCAUUUUCAACUCCUUAAAUUAUUCAGUUAUCUGCUUUAUUGCUCCAUGCUGAAAACUUAAAAUUGAGUUGUGCAUUACUGUAUUUUAACUUGUUGCUUAAUUUCUUCAUGUUUAUUUUCAGUAAAUGGCUGAAAGUGUUAACUGUUCCAUAUUUUUAGCACAAUGUGCUGCAUACAGUUUCCAACAAGCAAAUAAGGUUACAUGUGUACAGAAUUUUACUUAAGUUUAAUUAAAUAUUGCCUGGGUUUAGUUGUUUUUGUUUUUAAAUCUGAAAUGCUUUCUUUUUAUUGGUUGAAACAGAAAAUAAACAAUUGUUGAACCAUUUUGAAUUUACCUCAUUUUAAAAUGCAGUUUUAAUUUAUUAUUUGGCCUGUUUUUAAUAUCAUUCACUAAAAACUAAGUGGAAGCAGUGUCUUAUGCAAUGCUUAGGAAUCCUUUUAUAUAGGAUGUGUACAACAUUAAAACCUGUUUAAAAGAAAAGUCCCAGUGCUCACUUGUCCCUUGCCAUGUUUUUUCUUGUAAUUAUGUCAGACAAAUCUUGGGAGGGGGAUCCAGAAGUUAAUUGUCUUUUAAUUCUACAGCUACAGGAGCUUUGUAUUGUUGAACUUUCGUCUGGAAAAGUUUCACAGUGACAUUUUUAAAAGAGAAUUUUUUUAUCUACUGAAUUCUACCAGUGUAACCUUUUUUCUAAAUAAACAAUAGUUUUCUCAAUUGAUUGUA